AUGGUCGUGUCUCUUGGAGAGAUUGUGGUGAUCUUGCUUGCAGCUGAUUGUGGCGUUCGCAUCACUUCGGCUAUUGUAGACUGCUACACGCUCACUGUCAUGACCAUGGUUGCCGUGGUUCAUGCCAAGCUUGCGGAUGCCAACCUGGCAGACAAGCGGAUUGUCCACUACUGCUCUCACGACCCGAAGAAGCGCGCGAACGCCGCCACGCUCAUCAGCGUCUUCCAGGUCAUCGUCCUAGGCAAGCCUGCAGAUGAGGCCUACAAGCCCUUUCAGUCUGUCUACCCUCCGUUCUUGCCCUACCGCGACGCCACCUGUGGCAUUUGCACCUACAGCCUGACGGUCCUUGACUGUGUCAAGGGCAUGGAGAAGGCCAUCGAAUGCGGAUGGUUCGACUGGAAACAGUUCGACGUGGACUCCUACGAAUUCUUCGAAAAGGAGAGCGGUGGGCCCGGGCCGGGUCAAGCAAAGGCCAAUGCAAACAGAUACUCGUACUUUAUGCAAUGUGAUCUCUUCUGA